AUGGGAAACUCCGUGGGUGUGGACGAACUCCAGGCUUGUGAGAGUCAUCAGUGGUAUAGAAAAUUCAUGACCGAGUGCCCAUCUGGACUUCUCACCUUUUAUGAGUUCAAGCAGUUCUUUGGCCUGAAGAAUCUAUCGGAUGCAUCAAAUGCCUACGUUAAGACUAUGUUUUCAACAUUUGAUAUGAAUGAUGAUGGUUUCAUUGAUUUCAUGGAGUAUGUAGCUGCUCUGAGCCUGGUGCUAAAAGGAGAAGUGCAACAGAAGCUCCGCUGGUACUUUAAGCUGUAUGAUAUAGACGGGAGUGGCUGCAUCGACCGUGAAGAGCUGCUUCAGAUAAUCAGGUCCAUCCGUGCAAUCAACGGAAAUGAUUGUGAGAUGUCAGCCGAGAACUUUGCUAACAUGGUGUUUGACAAGAUUGACAUCAAUGGAGAUGGUGAACUGUCCUAUGAUGAGUUCAUGGAGGGGGUCCAGAAUGACGAAAUGCUGCUGAAGACGCUAACAGAGAGUUUGGACCUCACACACAUUGUCCAAAAAAUUCAAGGAGAGAUGAGGGUUAACAUCUGAUAUUUCCAGCUCUAUGGACCCUAAAUGUUUUUGUGUAACUGUGCCACAGCCGGAUGAUGAAGAUGUGGGUUCAGGAUGAUCUGCAAAUCAUAAUCAGGACAAAUGGAUGUGGACCGACCUCCGGGUCGUUGUGAGAGUACACCACAGUUGUACUGUUUUGGUUUUUCUUCACCUAUUCAUGGGCCGGCAGGGACUCCCAGCUAUAU